AUGGAGUCAUUCACAGAGAAGAUGUUUGAAUUCCAGAGAAGAGCAACACAGACUGUGUUGGAGAAGAUGGGAGCAGCAGAUAAGACUGUUGAUGAUCAGUUUGAAAUGAACUAUUCAAACUUUAAGAGAUUAGGUGACUUUAUGAAUCACAUGGAGGAGUCGACUCAGCAUUCAAUGGCAAACAUGGAGAAGUUGUCACGUAGUAAUACAAACUUGGCAUCGUCCAUUUGCAACUUUGUACUGUCUGAGCUGUCAGGUGACGACACAGAGUUCUCCACCGGUCUCCUAUCAAAGUUCUUCAAGAAGACUGCCAUCCCAUCAUCUACCUCCGAAGGUUCACCAGUCGAUCAAGCAAAGUUAAUCAAUCUAUCUCCAAAGUUUCAAGAGUCUGUUCAAAGACUAUAUGAUGCAUUUGGUACGAUGGAACAUGAGAACUUAAAGUCAGCAGUUGAUCAAUUGCAAUACAAGGUAAUCAAUCCAUCAAGGCGUGACACUGAACUCAACAAGUCAACCAAGCAGCUACUCGAGAAGAGAAAGCAUCUAAACUUGGACUAUGAUGCUGUAAAGAGAUCAAGUGACUCUGAGAAGGUCAGAGGAGUUAGAGAGGAGUUUGAGACGGUGUCGAAGCGUUCGAACCUACAUCUUCAAACACGAUCAUUUGUACGAUGCAAGUUGAUCAUUCAUAGUAUCUUGACGUUGAUACAACAGUUGGCCAUCUUUUACGAAUCAAACUCGUUGCUCCUGGAGGGCAUCCUUGAGAUGGUCACGCCCCUGGUCUCCUCCUAUCAGAUGUCCGAGUCUGAUCUAGUUGAGAUCUACACCAAGAAGGCCACAACAACAUCAACUCCACCAACUCAAACAACUCCACCUCCAUCUGUACACAAUAAUGGCAACAAUACCAACAAUAAUAGUAAUCACUCAACACCAAUGACGUCAAGACAUCAAUCACCACCACCUUCAUAUCAGGAGGCACAACAACAGCAGCAACAACAGGCACAGCAACAGGCAAAGACCAGUUCAUCUACGAGACAGACACAGCCACCAACACAACAGUUUGAUAAGAUGUCAACGAAUGAUCAAUCACCAGCUUCACAGAAACGUUCAGAAACAUUGUUUAACGUUUGGGAUGAGGACUCUGAGCACCAUAGUGGUGGACCAAACACAUCGUCAACGUCAUCCAAUAACAACAACAGCAACACUACAUCAUCAGCAUCAGCAUCAGCAUCAGGAUCAAAGAGCAAUGGCGGCAGCAAUGGUAACAGCGUUGAGAAGCCAAAGACCACUACUACUAGUAGUAGUACGACAUCAGGCUUUGAUGAUGAUUGGAUGUAUCCAUCACAGACACCACCUUCAUCGUCAUCACCAACAUCAUCCCAGAACAAUGCUCAACCAACCAACACUAACAGUAGUAAUGGUCGCAAGUCAUCGGGUGGCGCUGAUAUCUUGGAGGAGCCAUUGACACCUGCUCAGUCUGCAUCAUUCAGACCACAGACACCCCAACAGCAACAGCAACCACAGCCACAGGCUCAGUCUAAUUCACGACCACAUACACCUCAGCAGGCACAACAACAGCAACAGCAACAGCAACAACAACAGCAACAGUAUCCAUUUAGGAGUCAACCCCAAGCAACACCUCCACAGAGCUUCAACAACAACAAUAGCGGCACUUAUCAAACGAGAGCAUCACCUCAGGCACCACAUCAGGCACCACAGGGCUUCAGUAACAACAACAACACUGGAUCAUCAAGAGCAUCACCCGUAGACGACAGUUGGAUGAGACAUACACCACCCUCUCAACAUCAACCUCAACAGCCUCAACAACCUCAGGCUGAUCAAUCAAGUGGAGGAGGAUACAGUCAUAUAUUUGGUGACUUUGACUUUACAUCACCGAGACAGGCGCAUCAAUCACAACAACCUCAACAACCUCAGCAACAGCAACAGCAACAGCCACAGUCGACUGGAUUCCAAUCAGCAUUCUUUAAUGGUCCUCAAGCAACACCUUUCACACCAACACCAACACCAUCACCACACAUCGAUCAUCAUCAGCAUGCACGAAGCUCGAUCGAACCGGUCAUCAGCGAGAAGAUAAAGAUGUGGUCUGAGAAGAAUGGCCGACGAAAUGACAUUCGAGUGCUGUUGGUAUCGUUGCACGAGGUGCUCUGGGAGGAGAGUGGCUGGGAGAAGAUCACCAGAGGCGCCGUGAUCACGCCGACUCAAGUCAAAAAGAUAUAUCACAAGGCCAAUCUGGUAGUGCAUCCUGACAAGGUCAACAAUGGAUCAGUGGAACAAAAGAUGAUUGCACAGCGUAUCUUUGAAUGUCUACGUGAGGAGUACAAUGUAUUCAGAGCAGACAUGGAAAAGAAUGUUUAA